AUCACAGCGGCGAGGCCCACUAAACUCGAGCUCAGCCUCUCUCGCUCGUCACCUCUCUUCUCUCUCCGCAUCUCCCGUCUCGCUCACGCCGCCGGUCGCCGCCGGCAGCCUCAAUCUCCGCUGGCCCUUCGUCGGCUGAAGGAUCAAGGAUUCAAGGCCCUGAGGUGGUAUGGCGAGCCAGGAGAAGCCCACGCCGCCUCAGCAUCCGCCUCCGCCCCCACCGGCGCCGGAGGUCGCGCCUCGUGUGCGCGGGUUCGCGGGCCCACCGGGCGACGGCGGAGGUGGUUACCCUAACCCGCCGGACGCGGCGAUCCCCGACGCCGCGACGCUGCGGGAGCAGUGGCUGUUCGCGGUGCGGCAGUACAGCAGGUGGUACUCCCACGCCUGGGGCACCGCCAUCCUCGCCGGCGCCGCCUUCUUCGGACUCGGCUGGCUCGUCAAGGGCUCCAACCCCCUCCCGUCCCGCGCUGAGCCCCACGCCUCCAACGCCAAGGAGGAGGGCUUACCGAAAGUCCUUGCAGGCGAGCCCUCCCCGCGUGUGAGCCGCAGCCGCCGAGCUUGUGGAGCUCCAUCUCGCUCGCUACUGCCGCCAUCCACCUGAGGGUGAGAAAGAGAGGGUAAAGAGGAAGGAGACACGUGGGCCUAAAAUUUAUUUUUGUUGUUUUACUCCACUGACAUGUGGGUCCCAUUUAAGGCUUGGUGCCACGUGGAUGAAGACCAAGUCAACCUGCCACGUGGGAUAAAACCGCUCGAGGAGUCGAUUUGCAAUGGUUUUGUAAGUUGGGGAUGGGUUAUACCUGGUUUUGCAAUCGAGGGAUGUGAUUCAACCAGGGACAUGAGCUGAGGGAAGCAAAAUAGACUUAUUCAUUGAUAUUACACAA